AUCAGUCAUAAUUAGAAAUAUGCACAGCCAUAAUUUGAUAUUGUGCACCCCGAACUAUAUAGCCUGUAAGUGUAUCUAUUAAAUACAGCAGAUUUUGCCCAAAUUUGUACAGCGGUUGUCUCAUAAAUGUGUUUCAGCGGUUUACAUGCCUUUCAAUAAGGAAAUCCGAAUAGUCGACAUGCGCGCCAUUGUGUCGCCCCCCCCCCCCCCCAAACACGGUUUUCUUUUCUUUUUUUUUUUAGCUGGCUGCGGGUCUUACACACUCUUCUUUCAGCUAAUUUCACUCACCGCUAGAGCUGGGCCGAAAUAGUGCUUAUUAGCAAAGAGCCAUGACUCGCUAAACAAGUUUUAGAAAUGGAAGAGAGGAAAAAGAAGAACGACACGGAGGCGACGCUCUCGCGCGCUGGCACGCGAGGACCACGCGACAAAGGAGAAUCUUUCUCGUGCUUUCGAACACGCAGCUAAUCGUGGCGGACGCACUUAGAACCAUCGCAGAAAGGAACGGCAUCGUCCUGCCACCUGUCAUGGGGAUCGGUGUACCUAGCGGUAUCGAAAUUCACCGUCUUCGCCAAGGCUGCCUGUCAACCAUCUCGGAAGAGACGCCAUCCCGCAAGACGCCUUCCCCGAUUUCACUCGCCGCACUUCCAGAUAGGGCCAAGGAUGACGUGUCCUACGCGUUCAGUAACUUGGCCACCGAGGACGUCCUCCCAGAUGAUCGGGACCUCAAGCAGUGGUACACGGUCGAAGAACGCACUUGCGGCAGCCACGCAAGACAUCCCAGGAGGCUGUUCCUCAUGGCCGAGUGGUACCCGCUCGUUGGUAUGGGCGUCAAGGACACCGUGCCUCUGUGUACCACCAUGCAAGUCCCAUGGACCGCGCAAGGAACCUGGCACCAGACGGUGGAAGCCUCGAGGUUCACCGUGCGCCUACUGAUGCAGAGUGCGCGAGACCCGAGUACGCGUGGAUCGGAAGCGGCCGCGACCACGAGUGGCCGGUUCGUCGAGUGCGACCACGUGCCUUCUGGCGAGUGCAGCCUCGACGUGUCGGGCUGCAGGCGACGCAUCCACCCGCGUGACACGCUGCCGUGCGCGUUGACGGUGCUGAACGCCAUCAAGGCUGACGGCAACGGCGACACGUACGGCGUGGCUGUACCAAGCAGCCGCAUUUGGAGGCUACGCGCGAGGUUCUCCGCGAACAGAGUAGACGGCAGUACGGCAAUCCCGACAGGAGUCGCCCGUCGUCGCCUGCAUCGCCGCACGUGUGGCUGCCGUCUGCUCGGCUGCACUUUGUCACAGCUGCAGCGGCGCAACAGCCCCAAGCUCUGCAGGCGGCGUUACCGUCACCUCGGCUGUGCUUAUCCAAGCUGAGUAGUUGACCGUGCGUUCUCUGCUGACCACGUGACCGGCGACUUCGAAGUGCACUCGGUUCGCUGGUACGAUGGCCAGAGUAGACGUUUGGGGGCGCACUGGUGGCUCCACUACGAUCCCAGGAUGGUCACCUUGCGCAAUGCUUGGCGAGGACGCCCCCAGCAACCGCUGCGAGCUAGUCGCCGUGUCGCUAUCCCGCGACGAUAGUGCAACGAAACUGUGGCGCCGCUUUCGGGGAGUGCGUCCACAUUUCUUUCGUAUCUUUUUACAUUCCUUUCAGUGUA